AUAUUGCUCCGGCAAAUCCCCAAAUUGGAAAAAUCAGGGCUUCACCCAAAGCCUGAUCGCAUCUCCAGGUUCGCGUAAAAUUCGAGAAACGAGAACAAUGAGCGACAUGACCGGCAGCGAUACGGCGCCGUCGAGCGAACCCAAAGGAGGAUCCGACGCCGCCCGGAUCUCGGAAGUGAAAUCCUGGCUCACCUCACAAUUCGAAUCCUCCGGCAAACAAGUCCCCAGUUUCGACUACACUCACCGAACCGUAACGCAUCUCCACAACCUCGCCACCGCUUCUCAGGCCAAGUCUCAGGCCGCAACCAUCGUCGCCAACGAUUUUCGCCAGAAGGCUUCCGAGUACCGUGCUCAAGCGGCUAGGGUUAGAGAGAUAUUGGAGAGUGCGGGGAUGGCGCAAGAGAGCUUACCUUCAAAUGUGGUCUCUUCGGCUCAGGUUCUUGCUAACGUGGCCAAUUUGCUCAACAUUAGAGACACUGAACUCAGCAGCUUCCUUGUUGCAAUGGGAGAUAUCUCUCUGAGGAAGACUGGAGUGGAGGAGAAGAGAGCUAAAGCGCAGAAAGACUCUAAUGUGCUUCUUGAUUAUACUAGGAAAGCGAUUCAAAGGCUUACGUAUUUGAAGAAAAUCCUUGCACAGUUGGAGGACGAUGUAGUCCCUUGUGAAUCUCAGAUGGAGAAUUGGAAAACGAAUUUGGAAGUUAUGGCAGCCAAGGAGGAACAGUACAUACAGCAGUACAAGAAGUAUGAGAUGUUGCUCAACCGUGUUGGCUACAGUCCUAAGAUCAGCCACAGAGAGCUUGUGGAAAUGGCUGAGCACAGGAAGGAACUGGAGAAGAUGACAAAACCCGUGGUUGAUACUCUAAGAAGUUACCAAGACUUGCCUCCGGACAAAGCUCUGGCUGCAUUAGCAAUCGAAGACAAGAAGAGACAGUUUGCAGCCGCGGAAAAGUAUUUAGAAGAAGUAUUACAAUCUGCUCUUGAGCCGAACGAUAAGUGAUCGGUGUAGAACUGUAAAUGCCCAAAUGCAUAUCUAUGUGCUGUGUAUUUGCUUUUUAUGUCCAAAUUGCCAAAGGGGGCAUCGAUAUAAAUAUGAAUACGAUGUCUCCGACGACGGCUGUUACCCAAAUUUUCUCUGGAUUUUUAUUCAAAUAUGUUGUUGAUUAUGUUAUGAAACAGCAAAUGUUUACUUUCACA